AUGAUUGUGCUGCUGCUCGGCAAACUUGGAGUUGGAUGUGAUGUGCCCAUCCACCUUCAAGAGCACAACUACUUCAAGAGCAGGAGAACCUCUGCACGCCAUAGACCCACCCGCAAUUGUCCAUGCUGCAGGGACUCCGAGGUGCAGAAUUCCACCCCACUGCCCCAACGCUCUGUCACCACCUCCAGACUUCCCCGGAAGAGGAAGCGGAGCGCUGAACACCAUCCUUCCACACCUCCUGCUGAAGCCCCAGGGGAGUUGGACCCUGUCCAGAGGCCUCGGUCUCCAAUCUCACCUGCCAGCCUGCCACCAGUCUCCACUCUGCCACCCAGGCCUCAGUCCUCCACUGCUGAUACCCAGCCCACCUCCACUGCUGUACAUCCUAGCAGUCCUGUGAGGAUACACAACCACUCUGUAGAAGAUUAUCAGAAGCUCUAUCACGAAGUGGUUGAUGAUAUGCUCAGGUACAAGAGCGGCCGGCCUCGACCGUACAGUCUAGAGCUCGGACGUCGUAUCAAGCAGAAACUCUGGGAGAGACUGAAUCAUCCUAUGAUUUCAACGUUGGCCAACGAAGACGGACAGGCGCAUGUGGACAUGUCAUAUGGGGCUGGUGUCUAUGCUCCUCAUUAUGAUGUUGACACUUCUGGAGAACCAGAACCUGGACGGGCACCAACAAAGAGAGCUAAGAACUGA